CAAACGCAGGCGGGCGGCUCCCAGCCUCGCAGUUGCAGUCCUGUUCUCAGAGUUCCUGUCUCUCUACCGGCGCCUCCCGGAUGGCCUCCCAAAACCGCGACCCCGCCGCCGCCAGUGUCGCUGCCGCCGCCGCCCGUAAAGGAGCCGAGCCCAGCGGGGGCGCUGCCCGGGGCCCUGUGGGCAAGAGGCUACAGCAGGAGCUGAUGACCCUCAUGAUGUCUGGUGACAAAGGAAUUUCUGCCUUCCCUGAAUCAGACAACCUUUUCAAAUGGGUAGGGACCAUCCACGGAGCAGCUGGCACAGUAUAUGAAGACCUGAGGUAUAAGCUCUCCCUGGAGUUUCCCAGUGGCUACCCUUACAACGCACCCACAGUGAAGUUCCUCACUCCCUGCUACCACCCCAAUGUGGACACCCAGGGUAACAUCUGCCUGGACAUCCUCAAGGACAAGUGGUCCGCCUUGUACGACGUCAGGACCAUCCUGCUAUCCAUCCAGAGCCUGCUAGGAGAACCCAACAUCGAUAGUCCUUUGAACACACAUGCUGCAGAGCUCUGGAAAAACCCCGCAGCUUUUAAGAAGUACCUGCAAGAAACCUACUCAAAGCAAGUAUCCAGCCAAGAGCCCUGACCCAGGCUGUCCAGCCUCUCCCCGUAGUGUCUUUAUUUCUUCUUCAGUCUGUCCUUUUCUUGAUUUCUGUGUAGGACACUGUACCUUGAGCUGUGGUGUUGUUUUGUUUGUUUUUUAAAUUAAGUCUGUGGUUGAGCCUUUGCAUUGUAUAUUAAAUAAACACAUUUUGGUUGCUUUUUGUA